GAAAAAGUCGGAAUUUGAGAAACUUUGGGGAAAAAUAGAGACAAACUUGGUCUCAGGUACUUCCUUGCCCGGAAAUGCGGUUGCUUUGCGCUCUUUCUUCCUCCCAAGAGUCGCCACUGGCUUCAAUCAUUAGUCCAACCUUGUGUCGAAAGUGCGACCGCGAAAGCGGCUGCGCCGCGCGAGGGGGUGGGGCCUGCGCGGGACAAAGGAAGAGGAGCCGGAGCGGCGGCCUCUCUCCAGAACCCGGUGUCCCAAGUUCAUUGUUAAGGGACUGAGAACUUAAUCUUCCAAAAUGUCAAAAAGACCAUCUUAUGCCCCACCUCCCACCCCAGCUCCUGCAACACAAAUGCCCAGCACACCAGGGUUUGUGGGAUACAAUCCAUACAGUCAUCUGGCCUACAACAACUACAGGCUGGGAGGGAACCCGGGCACCAACAGCCGGGUCACGGCUUCCUCUGGCAUUACAAUUCCCAAACCCCCAAAGCCACCAGAUAAGCCUCUGAUGCCCUAUAUGAGAUACAGCAGAAAGGUUUGGGACCAAGUAAAGGCUUCCAACCCUGACUUAAAGUUAUGGGAGAUUGGCAAAAUUAUUGGUGGGAUGUGGCGAGACCUUACUGAUGAAGAGAAACAAGAAUAUUUGAAUGAAUACGAAGCAGAAAAGAUAGAAUAUAAUGAAUCUAUGAAGGCCUAUCAUAAUUCACCUGCAUACCUUGCUUACAUCAAUGCAAAAAGUCGAGCUGAAGCUGCAUUAGAGGAGGAAAGUCGACAGAGACAGUCUCGAAUGGAGAAAGGAGAACCUUAUAUGAGCAUCCAACCUGCAGAGGAUCCAGAUGACUAUGAUGAUGGUUUUUCAAUGAAGCACACAGCUACUGCCCGUUUCCAGAGAAACCAUCGUCUAAUCAGUGAGAUACUAAGUGAAAGUGUGGUGCCAGAUGUUCGUUCAGUUGUUACUACAGCCAGAAUGCAGGUUCUCAAACGACAGGUUCAGUCCUUAAUGGUUCAUCAGAGAAAAUUAGAAGCUGAACUCUUACAAAUAGAAGAACGUCACCAGGAAAAGAAGAGGAAGUUCUUAGAAAGCACAGAUUCAUUUAACAAUGAACUCAAGAGGUUGUGUAGCUUAAAAGUAGAGGUAGAUAUGGAAAAAAUAGCAGCUGAAAUUGCCCAAGCAGAGGAACAAGCCCGCAAACGGCAGGAGGAACGAGAGAAAGAAGCAAUGGAACAGGCAGAACGCAGUCAGGGUGGUGUCAGUGCUGCUGCUUCUGCUGCCGCUGCCGCCACCACUGCCGCCACCACGGAGGACGACCAGACUGCCAACAAAGGUGAUGAGAAGAAGGAAGAGGAAAGCACUCCAAUGGAGACAGAUUGAGAAACUGAAGCCCAGAGAUUGACUUGUCACAGAGGACACUCUCAGAUGGAAUUGGAGUCUAGGCCCUCUGACUCAAAGCCAGAGCUCAUUUCACUGUUCUUCCCCACUCUUUGAGAGUCCGGUUUUAAAGUUUUCUUGUUCCCUUAACCUUUUACCUGCUCCCAAUCCUCUCCAGUGUACAAGCAAGAUCAAUCAAAAAAUAUUCAAAGAGAAGCAACCAGAUAUCAUCCCAGCCCUCUCUCAUACUUUAAUUCUAAGAAAUGGAAGAGGCAUCUUUAAACCACAGACUUGAGAUUCAGGUGUUUGAUGUCCUUAUUUGACAUGUGAAAAGUAAAUACUCUCCUUGUAAAGACUUAAUUCAGUAGAUUAACACUUCAGAUAGUAAAAUUAAACUUUUAAUUAUCUAUGUCUCUUACUAUUUAGUAUGAAGAUGUUUUUGAUCUUGGCAAAUUUGGAGAGCAAAGCAUGUCUUGUGGUUACAGCAGAGCUUGAGAAUCAACAUAUUGUUCUCAUCUACUUUACCACAAGACAAGACAUAACAAUUCUUUGUUUUACUUCACCAUUUGUAAAUAAAUUAAUGCUUAUUU